AUUUCCCCCCUUUUUUUUUCUUUGAGGAAAAAACAAAGCUGCCCUGUAACUGAUGACAGCCACGCAACGCAAGCCAGCGGAGGGCAAGUAUUGGGCUGAAAGUAGCUCGGCCCGGUAAUAUCAGGCCCAGCCCAUGUCCAUUCAAACGCGCGGCGCGGUGCACGGUGCGCACGAGCGAGCGAGCCCACGACAGUACACGCCCGCGCCCGACUCCGCCGCCGCCGCCCCAGCGAGUCCGCGAAGCCAUGGCGGGGAAGAAGCGCAAGUCCGGCUCCGAGAAGCAGCCGAAGCACCGCCUCCCGCUGGGCGCCGAUGCCGACGCGGUCGCCGCCGCUCGGGCGCCGCCAAGCAGCACCAGGCGGACGAGCUAGGAGGCGUCCAUCCCGUCCUCCCUCAGCGCCAUGAUCCUCCGCGAGGCGCGCAAGCAGCAGCAGGAGGGGAUGCUCGCCGACUCCAGUGACGAGGGGCCCUCAGCCGCCGCCGCCGCCGCCGCCAACGCCAACGCCAACGCCCAGGCGGCUCCGGGGCCGUCCACGUCGUCCUCUUUCCCCGUCCCCGCAGCUAAUGACGACGAGGACGACGACGUCGACGAGCUCGACGGGUUUGACGCGCUCAGCGAGUACGACGGCGGCGAGGUGGUGAUCAACGAGGAGGACGAGAGGGAUGUCAAAGGACAAAGCUGCCGAGCUCACACUUGGCGAUAUCAUUCUCCAGAAGAUCAGAGAGAAAGACGCCGAGGUCUCAACGGGUGUGUAUGGUCUUUUUAACUGUUAUUAUA